CGGCGGGGCGAGGCGGGGCCGGGCCGGGCCGAGCCGCAGUGUCCGCCGGGGAGCAGCGGGGCUCGGAUCGCCGCGGGCACGGCCGAGGUGCGGGCACAGCCCAGAGGUCGUCAGUGAGAAGGGGAGAAAUGGCCAAAUCAACGCAGUUAAUUGACAAUGAAGUCUUCCGGGCUUAUGCUACUUACACAGCCAUUGUUCUUCUAAAGAUGAUGCUAAUGAGUCUGAUAACAGCAUACUUCAGGAUCACAAGGAAGGCAUUUGUCAACCCAGAAGAUACAGCAUCAUUUGGAAAAGGGGAGAGUGCUAAGAAAUUCCUGAGGACUGAUCCAGAUGUUGAACGUGUACGCAGAGGCCACCUGAAUGACCUGGAAAACAUUGUCCCGUUUGUUGGCAUUGGACUGGUGUACGCUCUGAGCGGCCCUGAGCUCUCCACGGCCCUGCUGCACUUCAGGAUCUUUGUAGGGGCUAGGAUCUUUCACACUUUUGCAUACUUGAUCCCUCUUCCCCAGCCUGGAAGAGGUUUGUCUUGGGCAGUUGGCUACUCAGUGACCUUCUCCAUGGCCUACAGAGUCCUGAAGACAGCGUGGCUCCUGUAGCAGAGCUGUAGCUUCCGUGUCCCCUUUGACAUUCCACACAAAGUUCCCAGCACUGUACCAUCAUGUCUUGAGUGAGCCAAUGAGUCUUCCAUCCUAACUGGAAUUCUUCUUUUCAAUGAAAGGUUUUUGUUCCUGUACAGAAGUGUUUCUUUUUUAGAGAUAAAAAAAAGAAUCCUUCUCCCUGUAUUCCCUGUGCAUGGGUUGCACUGCCAAACACUAGAUUGGAUGCUCCCUUUGUGAUUUGUCAAGUGCUUACAAUUCUAAACAUGCCAUGAUGCUGUAUUGAUAGAGUGUUUGAUAAUUUUCUACAGAUGCACUAUUUUUGGCUGUAGCUCUGAAGUCUAAAUCAAUAAAGACAAGAUUAAAAAAAA